CUAUCUAUCUAUCUAUCUAUCUAUCUAUCUAUCUAUCUAUCUAUCUAAUCAACUGUAUAAAUGAUAUAAUAUAGUUAAUAGAAUAAGUGUCAUAGCUCUAUAACAGACGUGUAUCCAAUACUUUUUCUGAAAGCAGGAUUUUUGUUAAUCUAAAGACAAAGUUGUGAUCUAUUGAUAAAGGUCAUUUGUCAAUGUAUUCUGGGUGAGUCGAGGACACCAUUUUAAAAUUCGUGUGUACACAGUUGGGUGGAAACGCACAAAGAUCCCCAGUCCAUGUAACGGUGAGCCACCUUCUUGUGAGACUUUUAGGACCGGGAUCUGCUCGGCUCCUGGAUGUAUGUUGGAGACGCGGGUCAGCUAUCCAUUUGAGAGUGAUACAUUUAUGGGAGACCAGCCCGUCUAUGUUGUUUUUUAGAUUCAUGUUUAAUCUUCCUUCUGCCUUGGUUCCUCUGAUUAUCUCUAUAAGGGAAUGACCACGAACUGCCCCAGGCGAUCCGUGGCUCUCUCCCCAGUCUUGGGGGUGGUUGUAGGAGGAGACAAUGCAUAGCUGAGCUUCUUCCCCUCCUCCCCCAACCACCCCACAUUCUACCCCACUAGCUGCGUUUUCCAAGGGUCUCCAAGCCAUGGGGACCUGUGCAGCUGGGGAGGAGAAGGGAGGGAGGGGGGAGAGAAAGGAGGAAGUGUGAGGGGGUGGUUUGUGGCAUGAGCAGUGAGAUCUGUGUCAUUUGCCUCCUGCACGUCUAGUGGUGCUUUAGCAGAGCCAAUAUCCUUUUGUGCUAAUAGCCCUGUCCUCAUUUGCUGCCUAAUUGGACUAUAUAAAGCCAAUAACAGGCGAGCUCUUAUAGCCUGAAGCCAAAGCACCACGUCUAAAGGGGGGCUGGGGGGAGGCUGCCAUCGCUGCUGCUGCUCCUGCUGCAUGGGGCUGGGGCUGCGCGGAGCCCUCUCCUUUGGCUGCUGCCUAAUCCCAUUUGCCAUUGUGCGUGCCCAAUCGCCGUAUACGCCCUGCAUUUAACUUGGAUGACAUUUUGAUUUCAUCAUUAGCAUCAGGCGCCAGAUUGACGCAGCAGCGGCAGCCGGGCUCUGGUCCUCCUCCCCGCAGCAGCCCUCGGUCCCGGGCUCUGUGGGUCUGAGUGUCCCGCGGCUGAGCAGCCCCCCUAUGCACGGAGGCGCUGCCUCCUGUCCUCGCCCAGCCGCCCGCCCCACCCCCGCCCGGAUUGGGUGCCCAGCGCCUGGGCGGCUGCCGCUGCCGCUCGAGUGUAGUUAGAGGGUGGUUUAUGGUCUGAGCCGCCGCUGCCCUGCCAGGGACCGGGAGGAGGAUGCCUGAAACUGGACAGGAGACCCCCAGCAGCCAGCCGCCGCCGCAACCCAAGGAGUCGCCUUUUUCCAUCAAGAACCUGCUCAACGGCGACCACCACAAGGCGCCUCCCAAGCAGCCCCGAGCGCUCUUCGCCCCGGCCACCAAGGGGGCUCUGGAUGGAGCCGGCUUUGCCCUCUCCCAGGUGGGCGAUCUCGCCUUCCCCCGCUUUGAGAUCCCGGCUCAGAGGUUUGCCCUGCAAGCGCACUACUUAGAGCGGUCCCCAGCCUCCUGGUGGUACCCGUACACCUUGACCGCCGCGGGAGGCCAUCUGCCCAGGCCAGAAGCUGCAGAGAAAUCUCUCCUGCGAGACUCCUCCCCGGCCUCGGGCACGGACAGAGACUCCCCGGAGCCCCUACUCAAGGCUGAGCCGGACCACAAGGAGCUUGACUCGAAAAGCCCCGACGAGAUCAUUCUGGAGGAGAGUGACUCGGAGGAGGUGAAGAAGGAGGAGAACGGGGAGGACUGGAAAGCCAGGGAAGACAGCCCGGAGAAAAAGCCCUGCCGAAAGAAGAAGACCCGCACGGUCUUCUCCCGGAGCCAGGUGUUCCAGCUGGAGUCCACCUUCGACAUGAAGAGGUACCUGAGCAGCUCGGAGCGGGCCGGGUUGGCAGCAUCUCUGCACCUGACAGAGACCCAGGUCAAGAUCUGGUUUCAGAACAGAAGAAACAAGUGGAAAAGGCAGCUGGCCGCAGAGCUGGAGGCUGCCAAUCUCAGCCACGCUGCCGCCCAGAGAAUAGUGCGGGUGCCUAUCCUGUACCAUGAGAACUCCACCGCCGAGAACGGCACCUCGGCUGCCAACGUGCCCGUCAGCCAGCCCCUCUUAACAUUCCCUCACCCCGUCUACUACUCCCACCCUGUAGUCACAUCAGUACCACUCCUGCGACCCGUCUGAGAACUGACCCCAUUCAGCUUUCUGGUGCGCCAGUGGGGAGGGGGUGGCUUAAAAAAAUAAAUCACCAAACCUCUAGGUCAGGAGAGAGGCCCGAGGAAACGGAGCAGCUGUAAAUGAUCAGUAAUUUUGUAAGUACUCCAAUGAUUUGUGCAAUUCAUCAAGCGAAUAUUUGAUGCUCUUUUUUUAAUGGGUGGUUGUUAGGAGAGGGGGGGGGGACCCUAAAAAUAAAACCAGAGUUGAAGUGGAAACUUGUAGAGAACACUAGAAUUGUUACAUCUUUUGUAAACGUGAACAAAAUAUUGCGCUGAUCUUUGUGGCUUUAGUUUUAUUUUUGUAAACAACAGUCAAUAAAUGAUCACGGUUUACUCCUCCAUGUUUGCCAAAUGCUAACGGAAAAUGGAAUUUCUGUUCCUUCCCUUCUUUCUCAAACUUGUUAAUCCUCGUGGUUCUGUUACAACUCAAAGACUCCACCAACCGUGGCUUUUAAUUUAACCAGACGUUUGUACAAAUUUGCCUGGUCACUUUUCCAUGUUUUGUAUCGUUAGGUUUCUGUGAUGGGACUUUAUAACUCGAAAGAAAUACAGCCAAAAAGAAAAUGCUUAAUUAUAGACACACUUUGGGUGAGCCUUAUUUAUUAUCAUUUGUUUAGAUUUUAAAACAAUCGAUUGUGGAUUAUUAUUAUCCUUGGGUUUUUUCCCCCUUUCUUUCAAAUGAUAUGUCAGCAUUAAAAAAAACCUGUACCCUUUUGUUUUCUUUUGUAAAACAAACACACAAACAAAAAACUAUUGUACUUUUGAACUGUGCAAUAUUGUACGACAAUUCUUAAAGCACUGCUUUUAUUUUAAUGGCGAUAAAAGGGUUUUUUUUCAUUGUAUAAUUGCGUUCCUUUAUGUAGUUAAAAGGAAGGAAGGAAAGUGAAAAGAGAGGGAUAGGAGGGGGAAUGAACACUAGUCCUGCUAAAAUAAAUAAAGAAAGAAAAGAGGUUCAGUGUGCUGAGCGCUUUAAGUGAAGGACAAUCAAUCUUUGAAAAAUGUUAACUUAUUUGCUAUUAUGUACAGUUUUCUUGUAGAGUCCAUGGGGUGUGUGGAUUUUAAUAGACUGAAAUCAAGUGCUGUGUGGACACCUCCAUUCUCUCUGUCUUUCCUGCUGUCUGCUCACCUGUUGUAGGACAAUUGUUUACUAUCAUCCCAAGGUGGUUUUUUGGUUUGUUUUUGUUGCCUCUCUAGUUCUGCCAGGAAUCGGUCCUCUUUUUAAAACAACCAGUACUGUUAUAACUGAAUGUUGUGGUGGAAAAAAUAAAUAAAACCCGUUCCUUAUCAUUUUUAA